AUGGCCACCAACAACAGCUCGCAUAAAUGCCACUCCCACCGCAACCAUCACCAUCAAAAGGUGUACCCGAAUUUUAGUUUAAAGAAUAAAGUAUACGUCGUAACUGGAGGUGGUCGGGGACUAGGGCUAUGCAUGGCAGAGGCAAUGACUGAAGCCGGUGCUGAAGUGCACUGUCUUGAUAUACUGAAGGAACCCGCUCCUGAAUUUGUUGAAACGCAAGAGCUAGCAGCUAGAUCCCAUGUUGGCUCGCUGCAUUACCAUCAUACCGAUGUGCGGGACACGAAAUUCCUCAACGACACAGUUGUGAAAAUCGCAGGGAGCCACCACAGGAUCGACGGCCUUGUGGCUGCCGCGGGCAUUCAACAGAUCAUGCCAGCAAUCGAUUAUACAGCAGAGGAUAUCACACGGAUAAUGGACGUAAACUAUACAGGAGUUUUCAUGACCGCCCAAGCAGUGGCCAGACAAAUGAUUGCGUACAGAAACCACGGUUCCAUCGUCCUAAUUGCAAGCAUGAGCGGCCUCAUUGCAAACAGGGGCUUAAUUUCGCCGGCAUACAACGCUUCGAAAGCCGCGUUAAUCCAACUGGCGAGAAGUCUUGCAAUGGAAUGGGGUCAGGAGGGAAUCCGGGUCAAUUCGCUCUCACCAGGCCACAUUGUUACACCAAUGGUAGAGAAGAAUUUUGACGAAGUGCCUGGCCUCGACAAGAUCUGGGAGAAGGAGAAUAUGCUUGGACGCCUGGCGCGGCCGGAGGAGUUCACGGGCGCGGCCAUUUUUAUGUUGAGCGAAGCCAGUUCUUUCAUGACUGGGAGUAAUUUAGUUAUCGACGGAGGGCAUACGGCUUGGUAA